AUCCUCGUGGAAGAGGCCGUUUUGAGCAGCUCCACGGUGCAGGAAUCCAAUGGGGAGGAAAAGUCCUGGCGAUUCCUGGUGAGAAGAGACUGCAAAAGCAGAUCACGAGGAUCUGAGGAGGAAAGAGCCACCCUGUGCCAGGAAGGCGGCCAGAGAUGGAGCCAGAGCUCAGACCUGGUGGUCCAUGAGCAGCUUCCUGAUGGGGAGAAGCCCCACAAGUUCUUUGGAUGUGCGAAGAGCUUCAGCUGGCGGUGCCACCUGCUUCACCACCAGAGGAUUCACACAGACGAACGGCCCUACAAGUGUGGGGAAUGUGGGAAGAGCUUCAACCGCAGCUCUGGGCUGAUAGAACACAAGAGGAUCCACACUGGGGAGAGGCCUCAUGAGUGUGGGGAAUGUGGGAAGAGGUUCAGGAACAGCUCCAGCCUGAUCUAUCACCAAAGGAUCCACACUGGGGAGAGGCCUUACGAGUGUGGGGAAUGUGGGAUGAGCUUCAGGGAGAGCUCCAGCCUGAUCCGCCACCAGAAGAUCCACACUGGGGAACGGCCAUACAAGUGUGGGGAAUGUGGGAAAUGUUUCAGGCACCGUAGUUACCUGACGGUGCACCAAAGGAUCCACACUGGGGAGAGGCCCUACAAGUGUUCUGAGUGUGGGAUGGGGUUUCUGGCCAGCUCCCAGCUCCUUGGACAUCAGCAGACACACACAGAGGAGAGGCCCUUCCGCUGCCCUGACUGCGGGAAGGGCUUCAAGCACAACUCCACCCUCACCAGCCACAGGCGCAUCCACACCGGGGAGAGGCCCCACGAGUGUGAUGUAUGUGGGAUGAGCUUCAUACAGAGCUGGGACCUGAUCCGCCACCAGAGGACCCACACUGGGGAAAGGCCUUAUGAGUGUGAUAAAUGCAGCAAGGGGUUCUACACGAGCUCCAGUCUCCUCUUGCUCCAGCGGAUUCACACAGAGGAGAGGCCCUUCCGCUGCCCUGACUGCGGGAAGGGCUUCACACGGAACUGCACCCUCGUCAGACACCAGCGCAUCCACACUGGGGAGAG